AUAACAAAAGCCACCAAUAAUUAUCAAUUUAUCAUCUCGCUCUGUAUAAUUUGCCUUUGAUUUUUUGACCGCCAUAGCCCAUACAUCGCGGGAUUUCGCAAAAUCAUCAUUGCUUUGCUUCUGCUUUCUUGUGCACUGAUACGAAAUCUAGGGUUCUUUCUCCAUUUUUCACACUACAAUUAUUCUCGCUUUAUCUCCUCUUAAUUUUAUCCGUGGCUGAAUUUUCGAUUGAGUAGAGCUUAUCACUCGAUUCACUUGUUCUCGAAGUAGCAAUAGUAGUUCGAUUGGAUUUUGAAUUUGAAUUAUCGGCUAUAAUUUCGGUGGAUUUUGAAUUUUUUUGAAUGAGGGUCAUGAUUCUACUAUGUGGUGAGAAAUGAGGCCUGUGUUCGUCGAGAAAAAUGGGGUGUGCUUUUGGGAAGGAAGUGUCUUCAACGCCCAGCGGCGAUUCUGCAGUUAGGAGAGAGAGAAAUAAGUCGGGAGAGAGAGAUUCGUCGGUUGCGUCAGGCGGUGGUGGUGAUAAAUUAGUAGGUAGUUCAGUUAGUAAGGCGGAGGAGGGCGGCGGUGGUGGUGGUGGUCAGAGCGGUGGAGAUAACAAAGAUGAGGUUAAAGAUGUAGUUGCUAAGCAGUCAAAAAACGAGAAGAGAAAAUCGAAGCCGAAUCCUAGGUUAAGUAAUCCCUCCAAGAGUAUACAUGGUGAGCAAGUGGCUGCUGGAUGGCCUUCUUGGCUCGUGGCGGUUGCAGCCGAGGCUCUCAAUGGGUGGACCCCACGUAAAGCCGAUUCGUUCGAGAAGCUCGAUAAGAUUGGGCAAGGCACUUAUAGUAAUGUGUACAAAGCUAGAGAUACUAUAACGGGGAACAUUGUUGCGUUGAAGAAAGUUAGGUUCGAUAAUUUAGAGCCCGAGAGUGUGAAAUUCAUGGCUAGGGAGAUUUUGAUUCUUCGCAGAUUGGAUCAUCCAAACGUAGUGAAAUUGCAAGGUUUAGCGACAUCAAGAAUGUCGUGUAGUUUGUAUUUAGUGUUCGAUUAUAUGCCUCAUGAUUUGGCUGGUCUUUCUUCUACCCCCGGCAUCAAGUUUACAGAGCCUCAGGUGAAAUGUUAUGUACAUCAACUAUUGUCUGGGCUCGAGCACUGCCAUAAUCGCCAUGUUUUGCACCGUGAUAUAAAGGGUUCGAAUCUUUUGAUUGACGACGAUGGAGUUCUUAAGAUUGCUGAUUUUGGAUUGGCUGCCACCUUUGACCCUAAGAACAAGCAGCCGAUGACUAGCCGUGUGGUUACUCUUUGGUAUAGACCGCCUGAGCUGCUUCUUGGUGCCACUGACUAUGGUGUAGGUGUCGAUUUGUGGAGUGCUGGGUGCAUUUUAGCCGAGCUAUUUGCUGGCAAGCCCAUCAUGACUGGCCGAACGGAGGUGGAACAACUGCACAGGAUUUUCAAGUUAUGUGGUUCUCCAUCUGACGAAUAUUGGAAAAAAUCAAAGCUCCCUCAUGCAACAAUAUUCAAGCCACAGCAAGCAUACAAAAGGCGUAUAACUGAGGCGUUUAAAGAUUUCCCAGCAUCGUCACUUCCUUUAAUCGAGACUCUGCUUUCAAUUGAUCCAUCUCACCGUCAAACGGCUACAUCUGCUUUAAGUAGCGAAUUCUUCACAACAAGGCCUUAUGCAUGUGAUCCUUCAAGCCUUCCAAAGUAUCCGCCUAGCAAGGAGAUGGAUGCUAAGCGUCGGGAUGAAGAAGCUAGAAGGUUAAGAACUACCGGUAAGACACAUACUGACGUUGCGAAGAAAACGCGGACACGUCAACGAACGAUUCGGGGAAUCCCUGCCCCUGAAGCAAAUGCAGAGCUACGAACCAAUGUCGACAAGCGGAGGCUAAUUAACCACGCAAAUGCAAAGAGCAAAAGUGAAAAAUUUCCACCUCCACACCAAGACGGAGGACUCGGUUAUACAAUGGGGUCUACGCACCCCAUUGACCAACCGUUUGACCCUCCUGAUGUGCCGUUUAGCUCCAUGAAUUUUUCGUAUUCGAAAGAUCCGAUUCAAACAUGGUCGGGCCCAUUGGCCGAUCCUGCUGCUCCAAGAAGAAAGUCAAAGCCAUCGAAGAAAGAUUAUCAGAAAGAUAAGAGUUCAGUUUUAAAUUAAGGAUUAUAAUAUUAUUUGUCCUACAUUUCUUGAUUUUUAAUUUAUUUUUUCUUUCUCGGGAUGGAUUGUGAGAAUAUUUGUUUUAGGUUUUUUAUGUAAAUGCUGAAAUUUUCUUUCUUUCUACCCUUCUUCCAUUGGCACACUGUAAUUUUUUUUUUCUACUAUUGGAAUGUUACAGUAUGCUGUAUGCACAUUUACAUGUUCUCUUUAUA